CUCAGUUGCUCUUUAGACCUCUGAGUCUUCGCGUCAGAAAGAUUACAACCAUUUUGAGUGUACGUCCAUACCUAUGAAGCAAAGCUUCGUCGUUAAUCAUUUACCAUAACCUCUCACCUGUUUGCAACGGCUGCGAAUUUAAGACGAUUAACCAUGAAGGAACACAACGAGAGAAUUUUGAAAUACCCUAAUUCGGAGGAUAUGACGGAUUACGAUUCAGACGACGAUCUCGGGUCGACGCUGAGCGACACGGUGGAGGUAGCUUACGAUGAUGCAACCUGCGAUUCUCUGAUCAAUUCUUUAAGAAGAGUUUCCGUGCAAAAAGCUAAUUUCAAAAGUGAAAACAUGUCGCAAAUUACCGAGAAGUUAUUAGCAGGCCCGAAUGAUAACUCAACAGCGGCGUCGAUAAGUCCCGCCAUGCCGGAUCAAUCCACUAGCACUGACUCCUCGAACUAUUCUUACAGGCGCAACAACAAUUACAACAAUAAUAGAUUGAACAGGCGCCCGUUCAAAACUUACUCUGGGUAUCGCCAGCGCUUCAACAACCAUCGGCCAAAUUUACCCUACUUCAGGAGGGAAAUCGCUCCGGGCUUGAAACGGCCGGUUCACGAGCGUCUGGGUUAUCCGUACAACAAUAAUAUCAAUAACAACGUCAACAAUCAGGAGGAAUUCUUCAACAAUUUACGCAAAGGUUUUAACGUUUUCGUGGACAUUCUAAAACUACUGUGCCAAGGAGACGAACGAUUGCAAUAAUCUGCAUUUGAUAUUUGCGGAAAUAAGUUUGUGCACUUACUUGUUAACCAUUGUUACAAUUAAUAAUGUUGAAUCGUUGCUUUUGUUCAUCGAGAUUUCAUUUCAUUUUAAAGAAUCAUCGCACCAUUACUGAUAGUGUAAAUUGAAUUGUUAGUUAUACUUAUACGAAAAGUACGUUGUAUAAUGGCGUUGUUCAUUGAAAAAUUAUGUCACAUUUACACCUUUGUACUUUCA